ACAGAACGGCGUGGGGGAUGGCCAUCGUGCCCCUGCCGAGUUCGUCGAUCUCCCGAUUGUAUUUCCACGCCCUCCUCCCCUGAUACCGAGAACUCUUCUUUUGUGGCGACCAGCUAGCGAUCGAGCGAGCGAGCGAGAAGCCAUGGCGGCCUUCGCGAAGCUCGAAGACUCCCCAAUGUUCAGGACGCAGAUUUAUUCUUUGGAACAAUCAGCUGAUGAAUUGAAAGAUCGCUGCCAAAAGCUUCACAAAGGAUGUAAGAGAUUUAUAACAUCACUCGGUGAAGCAUAUGAUGGAGACCUUGCCUUUGCAGAUUCCUUGGAAGCAUUUGGGGCUGGACAAGAUGACCCUACUAGUGUAGCCAUAGGAGGACCAGUAAUGUCCAAGUUUACUACUGCUUUUAAGGAACUUGGUACUUAUAAAGAACUUCUUCGCUCUCAAGUGGAACAUAUACUGAGUGACCGUCUAAUGCAAUUCAUGAGUGUGGAUCUGCAAAAUGUGAAGGAUUGUCGCCGACGUUUGGACAAAGCUACAGUUGGGUAUGAUCAGGCACGCGAAAAAUUUAUGUCCCUAAAAAAGGGUACGCGAGCAGAAGUUGUUUCUGAACUAGAAGAGGAUCUGCAUAACUCAAAAUCUGCUUUUGAAAGAUGUCGAUUCAAUCUAGUAAAUGCACUUGCAAAUAUUGAAGCCAAGAAGAAAUAUGAAUUCUUGGAAUCUAUAAGUGCAGUAAUGGAUGCUCAUAUGAGAUAUUUUAAACAGGGAUAUGAGUUAUUGAGCCAGAUGGAACCAUUUAUUCACCAGGUUUUGACAUAUGCACAACAAUCAAAAGAAAUGGCUAAUACUGAACAAGACAAACUAGCAAAGAGAAUCCAAGAAUUCAGGACCCAGUCUGAACUUGCAAACCUAAGAUCUUCUAGUAAUGUGGAUGCUUCAACUAGUGGUGAUGGCAUCCAUGUUGUUGGAGUUAAUUCGUACAAAAAUAUUGAAGCUAUAAUGCAGUCUACUGCAAAAGGACAGGUUCAAACAAUUAAGCAAGGUUAUCUUCUGAAACUAUCAUCGAACUUGAGGGGUGACUGGAAGAGGAGGUUUUUCAUACUUGAUAGCCAUGGAACUUUGUACUAUUACAGAAAUAAGCGGAGUAGACAGCCGCAAGGACCUCUAUCGCAACAAUCAACUGGUGCAUCUGAAGGUACUGGUGUUUUUGGUAGAUUCAGGUUUGCACACCGAAGGACAUUUUCUCAGGGUGAAGAUAACCUUGGGUGCCAUACUGUUGAUCUUCGAACUUCAACCAUUAAAAUCGAUGCCGAGCAGACAGAUUUGAGGUUUUGUUUCCGAAUAAUUUCACCAGUGAAGACAUACACAUUGCAGGCUGAAAAUGCAGCAGAACAAAUGGACUGGGUUGAGAAAAUUACUGGAGUCAUUGCAUCCCUUUUAAAUGGUCCUUUUCCAAUGCAGCUUUCUUCUGGAAGAUCAAAUAUGGUCAGUCGCAGCUCUGCUGAUGCAAAUGGUCCUGAUUCUUUAUUACUAGAGGAUAGAGCAGGUGCGGAAGUAUACAAUGAUGUUUCCAGGCUUCUUAGGGGUAUUCCUGGAAAUGAUUCUUGUGCAGAAUGUGGUUCUCCUGAACCUGAUUGGGCAUCACUGAAUCUGGGAAUUCUGGUGUGCAUCGAAUGCUCUGGGGUUCACAGGAAUCUGGGUGUUCACAUAUCAAAGGUGAGGUCUUUGACACUAGAUGUAAAGGUUUGGGAGCCAACAGUCUUGGAUUUAUUUCGUGCUCUGGGUAAUGCUUAUUGUAACUCUGUGUGGGAAGAAUUGCUUCUCUCCCAAGAUGAAAGAAUGGAUGAAGAAAAUAAGGAUCUUCUGUCAAUCCAAAAGCCUAGCCCCAAAGAUACUAUUUUGAGAAAGGAAAAAUACAUUCAAGCAAAGUAUGUGGAUAAACUUCUAAUUGGCAAAGAACCAACCCAGCCUGAUAUUCCUCCACAAACAAUCCGCAUUUGGGAUGCAGUUAAAUCUAACGAUAUACGAGGAGCAUAUCGCCUCCUUGUGGCAUCAAAUGCAAGUCCCAACAUUAGAUGUGAUGAGGUCUGUAAUGAUCUUUAUCACACUGCAGAUACACCAACAUCAAGAAGUAGAGGAUUUAUAGAGAGGAAGCAAUUUGAUCCCGCAAAUUGUCAGAAAAUUAAGGAUUCUGGGGAGCCUGGAAGUUGUAUGCAAGGUUGUUCCCUAUUACAUUUAGCAUGUCAUAUUGGUGAUCCGGUGACGGUGGAGUUACUGCUACAGUUUGGUGCUGACAUUAAUAUCCAGGACUUCCAUGGAAGGACGCCUCUCCACCAUUGUAUCUUCAAGAGAAAUGACAGCCUUGCUAAGUAUCUUAUUAGAAGGGGUGUGCGUACAUCGAUUAAAGAUGGUGGGGGUUUAACUGCUUUGGAAAGGGCAAUGGAGCUUGGAGCAAUAACUGAUGAGGAAUUAUUUAUAUUGCUUUAUGGGAAUGAUUGAUGCAUGCAGCUCUACUCACCAGAGUUGGCCUUCGGGGGCUGUGUGACGCUGACCUGUCAGGGCUGCAAAGUCUUGUGCUCCUACAAUUAGAACAGGUGCCCAUUUUACAACUGAUCAGUAUCAUAUACCUGUGAUGAUGUUCAAGGAUUGUACACUAUUUCAGCAAGGCAGUUGGAGAAUGCACUACCAGUAGAGUGGUGUAUCUCCAAUGAUAUGUUGGUUUAUGCAUCAAGAUUUUAUUUGUAUGCUGAGGUACAUCACUGCCAUCUCAAGCUAAGCUUUCUAGUGUCAACUUGUAUAUUCUACAGAUGCAUACCAAUAUUCUUGCUUGCUUCUUUUUCUUUUUCUUUUUAACUUACGAAGGAAAAUUUCCUUCUCAGUAGCAUUGUUUUCCCACAACCAAAUGGUCUGUAACACCUGUACCAGUUCUCUAAAUGAUGGAGAAGGUACUGAAUUAUGGAUAUGGCCUGUUUCCCUUUCAUGAACAUUGAUGAUUCUGUUUGUCAUAAGCAGCAGUAUUUGCGUACAUGACAAGCGCUAAGA